AUGAGUGGGAAUUUGGGAGCAGAAGACGUGUUCGAGAGUUGGUCGGGGUCGAGGAAGGAUGACGAAGAGGUACUGAUAUGGGCUGCUUUGCAGAAACUGCCGACCUACGAUAGGUUGAGAACCAGUAUAUUGCAAUGUACUGUAGUAUCUCAAGAGGGAAAAACAGUGCACAAGGAGGUAGAUGUUCGGAAGCUUGAUGCGAGUGACCGCCAACAGUUCAUUGAGAGGAAUUUCAGGGUUGCUGAGGAAGAUAAUGAGAAGUUCUUAAAGAAGUUUAGAGAACGGAUUGAUAAGGUUGGAAUUCAACUUCCUACCAUAGAGGUUAAAUUUGAGCAUUUACAGGUUGGAGCAGAUUGCUAUGUUGGUACCAGGGCUCUUCCAACACUUCUUAAUACCACACAGAACAUAAUAGAAUCGGCACUUGGUUUGCUCGGGAUCCAAUUGGCUAAGAAAAAAAGACUUACAAUCCUCAGAGAUGUGUCUGGUAUAAUAAAGCCAUCAAGGAUGACCCUUUUGUUAGGCCCUCCCUCAUCUGGGAAGACAACACUUAUGUUGGCAUUGGCUGGAAUGUUGGACCCGAUGUUAAGGGUAAAAGGAGAAAUUACUUACAACGGACAUAAGCUAAAUGAAUUUGUACCACGGAAGACAGCAGCAUAUAUUAGCCAAAAGGAUGUUCAUAUAGGGGUCUUGACUGUCAAAGAAACCCUAGACUUCUCUGCAAGGUUCCAAGGGGUUGGGGCUCGAUAUGAACUCCUAAAGGAACUUGCUGAAAUGGAGAAAGCUGAUGGAAUAAUCCCUGAGGCAGAAGUUGACCUUUUCAUGAAGGCUACAGCAAUGGAAGGAGCUGAGAGCAGCCUCAUUACUGACUAUAUUCUCAGGGCUACAGCAAUGGAAGGAGCUGAGAGCAGCCUCAUUACUGACUAUAUUCUCAGGCUAUUGGGACUCGAUAUUUGUAAGGAUACGAUUGUGGGAGAUCAAAUGCAACGCGGAAUUUCUGGUGGACAGAAAAAGCGAGUAACCACAGGGGAAAUGAUUGUAGGACCAUCGAAGACUCUGUUCAUGGACGAGAUAUCAACAGGUCUAGAUAGCUCGACAACAUAUCAGAUAGUGAAGUGCAUGCAGCAGAUUGCUCACCUCUCAGAGUCAACCAUCCUGAUGUCCCUCCUCCAGCCAGCGCCAGAGACGUUCAAUCUGUUUNAUGAGAUAUCAACAGGUCUAGAUAGCUCGACAACAUAUCAGAUAGUGAAGUGUAUGCAGCAGAUUGCUCACCUCUCAAAGUCAACCAUCCUGAUGUCCCUCCUCCAGCCAGCGCCAGAGACGUUCAAUCUGUUUGAUGAUAUCAUCCUCCUAUCAGAAGGCCAGAUAGUGUACCAGGGUCCACGAGAGCAUGUACUUCAGUUCUUCGAGAGCUGUGGAUUCCAGUGUCCUCAGAGAAAGGGUAUUGCUGAUUUUUUGCAAGAGGUUACAUCAAAGAAGGAUCAAGAGAACUACUGGGCAAAUAGGAGCAAGCCCUACCACUACAUAUCAGUUACUGAUUUUGCUAGCCGAUUCAAGGCUUUCCAUGUUGGCCUGCAGCUUGAGAAUGAAAUCAUGGUCCCUUUUGACAAGUCAAAAAGCCACAAAGCAGCUCUAGUAUUUAAAAAAUACGGAAUCCCAAAAAUGGAGCUUCUGAAAGCCUCAUUCAGUAAAGAAUGGCUCUUGAUCAAGAGAAAUUCCUUUGUUUAUAUUUUCAAGACCAUUCAGAUCUUUAUCGUGGCUGUCAUAACAUCCACAAUGUUCUUGAGGACAACACUAGACAUCACAUACGGUGAUGGUGCACUCUUCAUUGGUGCAAUUAUAUUUUCAAUGAUCAUAAACAUGUUCAAUGGUUUGGCUGAGCUUUCUCUUACCAUCACAAGGCUCCCAGUUUUUUAUAAGCACAGGGAUCUUCUAUUCCAGCCAGCAUGGUCUUUCACCAUCCCAAAUUUUUUGCUCAGAAUCCCCAUAUCAGUUUUAGAGGCCACAAUUUGGACAAUUGUGACCUAUUUCACCAUAGGGUUUGCACCAGCAGCUAGCAGGUUUUUCAAGCAGCUGCUGUUAGUAUGCCUAAUCCAACAAAUGGCUGCUGGGUUGUUUAGGCUCAUUGCUGGAGUAUGCCGGACCAUGAUAAUUGCUCAUACAGGAGGAGCACUCUGUUUGCUUAUUGUGUUCCUGUUAGGAGGUUUCAUCAUUCCAAAAGGUCAAAUCCCAAAAUGGUGGCAGUGGGCUCACUGGAUUUCACCUUUAUUCUAUGGCUUCAAUGCCAUGUCAGUGAACGAGAUGCUUUCUUCGAGAUGGAUGAACAGAUUGGCAUCAGAUAAUGUUACUCAGUUGGGUGUGGCAGUAUUGGAGAACUUCGAUGUCUUCCCUGAGAAAAAUUGGUAUUGGAUUGGAGCUGUGGCCCUUAUUGGGUUCAUCAUUCUCUUCAACGUAUUGUUCACUGUCUCACUUAUGUACCUAAAUCCCCUAGGAAAGCCGCAAGCAAUCAUAUCUGAAGAAGUUGUAAAAAAGGUGGCUUCCAAUCAAGAAGAGGUGAUGGAAAGACGAGAACUGAAUACAAGGUCGAAUAGGCAUGUCCUCUCUAAUGGAAAUAAGUCAAGAGAAAUGAUAACUCUACGACAAGGUAACCAUUUGGAUGCCAAUCAAGCUAGCAGUGAAUCUGCAGAUGGGGUUGCACCGAAGAAAGGAAUGAUACUACCCUUUAUGCCACUAUCCAUGUCAUUUGAUAGCGUGAAUUAUUAUGUCGACAUGCCCUCAGAAAUGAAGAAACAAGGUGUAACAGAGGACAGGUUACAAUUGCUUCGAGGUGUAACUGGGACUUUCAGGCCAGGUGUCCUAACUGCAUUAAUGGGAGUAAGUGGGGCUGGAAAGACGACGUUGAUGGAUGUUCUAGCAGGAAGGAAAACAGGAGGUUACAUAGAAGGCGAUAUAAGAAUAUCUGGAUUCCCAAAGAAACAAGUAAGCUUUGCAAGAAUUUCUGGCUACUGUGAGCAGAAUGAUAUCCACUCUCCCCAAGUUACUGUUAAAGAAUCCCUUAUCUACUCAGCUUUCCUCAGGCUCCCUAGAGAAGUCGAUGACAAAAAUAAAAUGACUUUUGUUAAAGAAGUGAUGGAGCUAGUUGAGCUCAAUUCCCUAAAAAAUGCCAUAGUUGGGCUCCCAGGGAUCACGGGCUUGUCAACGGAACAAAGGAAGAGGUUGACAAUAGCAGUAGAACUGGUUGCUAAUCCUUCAAUCAUAUUUAUGGAUGAACCAACUUCAGGGCUUGAUGCGAGGGCAGCAGCCAUUGUUAUGAGGACUGUGAGAAACACUGUGGACACGGGAAGAACUGUUGUCUGCACAAUUCAUCAGCCUAGUAUUGAUAUCUUUGAAUCCUUCGAUGAGUUGCUACUGAUGAAGAGAGGAGGACAAGUGAUCUACUCAGGACCAAUGGGGCAGAACUCUCAGAAAGUUAUCGAGUAUUUUGAGGCUAUUCCUGGUGUCCCUAAAAUUAGAGAAAAUUACAAUCCAGCAGCAUGGAUGCUAGAAACAAGCUCAGAUGCAAUGGAGGCUAUUCCUGGUGUCCCUAAAAUUAGAGAAAAUUACAAUCCAGCAGCAUGGAUGCUAGAAACAAGCUCAGAUGCAAUGGAGGUCCGACUUGGAAUGGAUUUUGCUGAACACUACAACUCAUCACCCUUGAAUCAAAAAAAUAAGGAUCUAGUAGAGGAGCUCAGUACACCACCAGAAGGAGCAGACGACCUCUACUAUCCGACACAGUACUCUCAAUCUACAUGGGAGCAGUUCAAAUCCUGCCUUUGGAAGCAGUGGUGGACUUAUUGGAGAAGUCCAGAUUAUAACCUUGUUCGAUUCUUUUUCACUUUAGCUGCUGCUCUUGUGCUUGGCACAAUCUUCUGGCAGGUUGGCACCAAAAGGGAAAAUACCGCUGAUUUGACCAUGAUCAUUGGUGCCAUGUAUGUCGCUGUGUUGUUCACUGGAAUUAAUAACUGCUCAACUGUACAGCCAAUUGUAGCAGUUGAAAGAACAGUGUUUUAUCGGGAAAGAGCUGCCGGGAUGUACUCUGCCUUACCCUACGCCAUGGCACAGGUGGUUGCUGAAAUUCCCUAUGUAUUUGUUCAAACUACAUACUAUUCACUUAUAGUGUAUGCGAUGGUGAGCUUUCAAUGGACGCUGGUGAAGUUUCUCUGGUUCUUCUUCAUUUCAUUCUUUUCUUUCCUCUACUUCACAUACUAUGGAAUGAUGACGGUCUCUAUCACACCAAAUCAUGAAGUGGCGGCCAUCUUUGCUUCUGCAUUUUUUGCAUUCUUCACCCUUUUCUCCGGUUUUUUCAUCCCCAGAAUAAGAAUUCCCAAGUGGUGGACUUGGUACUAUUGGAUUUGCCCCGUGGCAUGGACCGUGUAUGGACUAAUCGUGUCACAGUAUGGCGACCUGGAAGACACAAUCAAGGCACCUGGAAUCGAGCCAGACCCUAGCAUCAAAUGGUAUGUACAAAACCAUUUUGGAUAUGACCUUGAUUUCAUGGGUCCAGUUGCUGGAGUUUUGGUUGGCUUCACUGUCUUCUUUGCCCUGAUGUAUGCUUUUUGCAUUAAGGUUUUGAACUUCCAACAGAGGUAG